AUGUUGCAAGGCGUCGCCAUCACCAUAGCCAACGACAGCAACGAUGAUGGCCUCAAUCAAUCAUUCAUGGCUCAUGUGUCGCCUAGUCCCAAUCAGAGUUCAUCCAUCGGUGUGGGCAUGGGUAUGGGCAUGGGCAUCGCCUCCUCCACGAUGCCCAAUCCCAGCGAGAGCCCCGAGCUGUUGCUGCUGAAGAACGACAAAUUCCUAACACAUGUCGCCCAUCUGCUGAACAUAACGACCGAGAAUCUUUCAAAUCUCCUGGGUUCCACGAACGGCACAAAUGCGAGCACAAUGGCAGCGGAUUCGCCGGUCGACGAAUCCCUGACCCUGCGAACCGCCUUCACCGUUUGCUAUGCCCUCAUUUUCGUGGCCGGCGUGCUGGGUAAUCUUAUCACCUGCAUUGUUAUAUCGCGAAAUAACUUUAUGCACACGGCCACCAAUUUCUAUUUGUUCAACCUGGCGGUUUCCGAUUUAAUACUGUUGGUCUCAGGCAUUCCCCAGGAGCUGUACAACCUUUGGUAUCCGGACAUGUAUCCCUUCACGGACGCCAUGUGCAUCAUGGGCAGUGUGCUCUCGGAAAUGGCCGCCAAUGCCACAGUCCUCACCAUCACAGCAUUCACUGUAGAGCGAUACAUAGCCAUCUGCCAUCCAUUCCGGCAGCACACCAUGUCAAAAUUGUCGCGGGCCAUUAAAUUUAUAUUUGCCAUUUGGCUGGCGGCCUUCCUUUUGGCCCUUCCGCAGGCCAUGCAAUUUUCGGUGGUCUACCAGAACGAAGGAUAUUCGUGCACGAUGGAGAACGACUUUUAUGCCCAUGUGUUCGCCGUUUCGGGAUUUAUUUUCUUCUGUGGACCCAUGACGGCGAUUUGUGUACUUUACGUGCUGAUCGGAGUGAAGCUGAAGAGGAGUCGCCUGCUGCAAUCGCUGCCGCGAAGGACCUUCGAUGCGAAUCGCGGCCUAAAUGCCCAGGGACGAGUCAUCAGAAUGUUGGUAGCUGUAGCCGUCGCCUUCUUCCUCUGCUGGGCUCCAUUCCACGCCCAGCGUCUGAUGGCAGUUUACGGACUGAAUCUGAUUAAUAUAGGCAUCAGUCGGGCCGCCUUCAACGAUUACUUCCGGAUACUUGAUUACACGUCCGGGGUGCUCUACUUCCUCUCCACCUGCAUCAAUCCGCUCCUAUACAACAUCAUGAGCCACAAGUUCCGCGAGGCCUUCAAGAUCACUCUUACGCGACAGUUUGGGCUGGCCAGAAACCACCAUCACCAGCAGAGCCAGCACCACCAGCACAACUACAGUGCCCUCCUCCGGCAGAAUGGGUCGAUGCGUCUGCAGCCGGCCAGUUGCAGUGUGAACAACAACGCGCUGGAGCCCUAUGGAUCCUACCGAGUGGUGCAGUUUCGUUGCCGGGAUGCGAGCCACCAGUUGUCCCUGCAGGACAGCAUUCGCACCACCACCACAACCACGACGAUAAACAGCAACAGCAUGGCAGCCGGAAAUGGAGUUGGUGGUGGUGUAGGUGGGGGUGGGCGGCGUCUGCGGAAACAGGAGUUCUAUGGACCAGUUCCGGGUACGGCAGUUCCCCAUCGAAUGCUGCAGGCCCAGGUGUCCCAACUCUCGUCGCUGGGCGAUGCCAACUCACUCCUGGAGUCGGAAGUGGUGGACAGGCACUACGCAUCCGGACGAGCCAAAAGGGCUCUCUUGGCCACCAAAAGUGGUGCCCUGCUGGUGACACCACCACAAAGUAGUGACCCAGCGGAAGUCAGUCAGCCCGCCACUCGUCUCAAGCUGACUAGGGUGAUAAGUCGGAGGGAUGAGGUGGCCAACACCAGCACUCCGCCCUUUUGUGGUAGCCACAGUUUGCCGGAUCCGGAGACUUGUCAAUCGGCAUCAGUGGCUGGUCGCGGGUCCCGCAAGUUUCCGUGGCGAAAGCGAAGGCAAAAAACGGAGGAUCCCAGCAGCGAGGGCUUGACCUAUGGCUCACCCAAAUCCCAGUGAUUCCAGCUGGCUGAUAACUAGAGUUAUGCUUAGUUAGGCAUUGUUUAGU